CGCGAAAACACUCUUGAAACUGUGCUGUGUGGUUAUCUUACUUUCGGUCUCAAGAUUGCCCGGCUACUAGACUUCUGUGUAACGUCGCUGGAAUAGUAUUUGGGAGAAAGAGCAAGGAAUAUUUGGUGAUCCCGUCGAUAUCUGUAGGGAGUCACAUAUUGAGAAGAUAUCGGCGCGAGACAACAAAAGAGAAGAUAUUCGGACUGUAGGAACUUCGCAUUCUGGUAUUUACGACGACGGACAUCGCCACUCGACGUCGACUUCAAGCUUGCAACCUUCAACUCGGAGAUUUAAUCACGUGCGAGCACCCUUCCACGCUUGACGCUUUCUCCAACCUCCCUUAUACCGCAAACCUCCUCCCUCCCAACCCUCCAAUAAUUGCCAUCUCACGCUAUCCCAUCAUCACUACAGUCCAUAUCCUCCCACCUCACCCCAAAAUGGCGGCUUUCUAUCCAAACCCAAUCUAUCUAACACCUAGCUCCUCACCUCGCUCCACAUCGGGAGAGCCCACCAAACCAACUCUUCUCGCAUUCCAUGGCUCAGGGUCAAAUGGCACGAUACACACAGUGCAGUUAGCACGAUUGACAAGACAUCUGAAAACACAUUUUAAUAUUAUUUCUUGUGAAGCACCCUUCCCCUCCCCCGCCGGGCCCGGCGUCCUCCCCUUCUUUGAAGGCUGCGGACCCUUCAAACGCUGGGUUCCCCCUUCCGACCGCGUCACCACUGAAAGCAUGAAAGCCGGCCUCGCAUCCUCGCUAAUGCCUCCUUUAGUAGAAACCCUGGUCCGGAAUACCGUGAGCAAAGUGCGGUCUCAAGGCGGGCGCGUCGUUGGCUUAAUCGGGUUUUCACAGGGUACCAGGGUGGUUGCUGGAUUAUUGAAGGGAUGCGAGAUCAGGAGGGCAGUGGAGGCUGCAACUGCUAGUAAGGCUAGUGGAGAGGGGGGGCAGGCGGAAGGAGAGGGGUUAGACUGGUUAGAUUUUGCCUUCGGACUAUCAGUCUGUGGUUCCUACCCCCCACCCCUCGUCCCUUCAUCUGCACGCUCGCUCCUCUCCCAACCCCUGUCCCAGUCCCCCUCCUUUAACCAACAAACCCUCUCCGCCAUCGAAACACAAAAAAUCCAAUCCCCAACCCUGCACAUCCAAGGCAAGCAAGACGAAUUCGAAUGGGCCGGGAAACUACUCAUCGAAACCGCAUACGAAGUAGCAGAGGGGAAAAGCGAUGUUCUGGAGCUUCAGAUGGGACAUCAUUACCCCGUUUUAGCAGAGGAGAGCGAGAAGAUUUGCGAUUGGGUGGUGGAGACUUGGCGGAGAUGUUGUGAGGCUGAGACACAGACGCAGAAACGUUAAAUUUAGAUGGAGAGGGAGAAGGGAGAAGUGUUGAGGGAUCUUAGAUGGGAUAUCCGCACAGCGUUGACGCAGCCGUCUUCAACACAACAUUUAGAUUAGGUAGAACAGAGUUAGGACAGCUUCGGCUUCAGUUCAUCUAGUAGCUUGUCUACUGGCGUGGCUAACAGAGAUUGAUUUUACU